UCUCUGCGGUGAGCGGAAACUAACAUGACCUCAUCUUCUUCCUCCUCCGACCCCUACGCUCACCUCCUCGAACGCACCCGCGUCCCCACCCACCCCUCGCUCCACCGCCACGCCAUCGCCUCCCUCUUCCACAAGCUCCGCUCCGCCCCUCCCCACCUCUCCCUCUCCUCCGCCCCCGGCGCCGCCGCCCUCUCCGCCGCCGCCGCCGCCUCCUCCGCCGCCGCCGCCGACCAGUUCGUCCGCGAGCUCUGCCGCCUCGUCUGCGACCGCCUCCUCCCCGCCUCCGCCGCGCUCGUCGAGCUCCACUCCGCCCUCGACGGCGCCGACCCCCGCUUCGCCCCGCUCUUCGUCAGGGGCGUCGGCUUCCUCGCGCGCCUCUCCUUCCGAUCCGACCCCUCCUAUGGCCGCCGCUUCGACCGCGCCGAGCUCCACCCCUUCGUCAGGGCGCUCGCCAGCGGGGCGGCGGCGGAGCGGGAGCUCGUUCGGCAGGUUUUGGUGUUCGUGGUGGAGAAUAGGUCGGCGGGGAUCGAGGAGAUCCUAGGGUUCCUGAGACCGUUUGUGUUGUUCUCUGUUAUUCGGAAACCUCCUUCGAGCUUCGCAAGGGAUUUGAUUUCGUCGAUGGCGUCGCUCGUUUGCUCUUUCCCAGCCGAGGCGAUUCCCUUUCUGAAGCUUCUUACGGAUAGCUUGAAGUACUUCCCCCGCAACAGCAGGGAGGAAGUAGGAUAUCUCCUUAGCUCCGCGGAGUACCUCGUUGAUGCAUAUGUGAUGGUCUUCAAGCAAAUGGCUCAAACUGAAAAGUUAACUACUAAUGCCCAAGUAAGCAUGUUCGAACUAUUGAAGACUCUUUUGUCAUUAUGUUCUGAUCAACGUAAACCGGAGGGAGUAACUGAUACUAGUCUUCAAUUGUCAAAGCGUUUGCUGGCAGUGCAAAAGGAGACUGGCUUACAAUAUUUGCCUGAAUUUGGCAUGGUUUUUGUCUCUAUUUCCAUAAUUCUUAGCCAGGUGGAGUUUGAACAUGAACAGUUAGCUGGCUUGAAGCUUUUGAUUCUCUUAACUGACUGGAAAUAUGUUGAUGACGUUGGCAUAAAAGAAUCUGCAGGUCGCCUUGGUGAAGAGCUUCUUUGCGUCUUUCCUGUCAUCAGCCUCAUGAUGUCUCCUUCUAAAUCUAUUAAAUCUGCAGCAGCUCAUUUUCUUUCGACAGUUGAAAGACUUAUUUUAGGUUUGUUGGCUGCUCCUUCAAGAAAACAAAUAGCUAAUGCUGGAGUUUCAUCUAUAAGCACUCCUGAAUCUAUCCUUUUUAGGGUUCUAGAACAUCAAUAUUCUGAGCAAUUACCUUUUCAAAACUGCUAUUUCCUGGAAUUUCUCAUUUGCAAUAGUCAGUUUGGGCCUAAAGGUGAAUGUGGGAAAAUGAAAAAUUGGACAUCUCAACUGAAGGAACACUUGUCAAAUCCUGGAAGACGAAAGCAUGCGUUGAUUUCUCAAUCUCCAGAUAAUAUGCAAUCAGGGUUUUCUAUGCUGCUCAGUUCUGUAGCAUCAGUUCUACUCAUGCAUGCUAAAUUUGGUGCUUCCGCUCUAGAAUCUUUGGCUGCUCUUGGUGCAACAGACCCAAAAUUGGGUUUGCCUUUGUUGCUUCUAAUUCUGACCUACAUCAAGAUGCUCUCCAGCCAUGAUAUUAACACAUCAGAAAUGUUGAUCAGACUGCUUGAAGCACUUCCGUCUCUUGCUCUUCAUUCUAUCAUGGUUCCAUUUAUGUUACAGACGGUUUCGCCAAUGCUUCAAAUGGAAGCAAAACCCGUGCUCCGUUCAAUAGCUGUUCGCUUACUUUGUAAAAUAUGGGUUGCCACAGAUGGGACCUUUGCAAAUCUACAAGAAGUUUUGGAUCCGAAAACAUUUUCAGAGUUCAUCCCUGAAAGAGAAGUCUCUAUAAGUAUGGCUGCUUCUGUACGUGAUGUUUGUAAGCACAAUCCAGAUAGAGGUGUUGACCUUAUAUUAUCUGUAUCAUCAUGUAUUGAGAGCCGAGAUUCUGUGGUGCAAGCUCUUGGUCUUGAUAGCCUUUCUCAUCUUUGUGAGGCUGAUGUAGUGGAUUUUUACACGUCCUUGAACAUUAUUUUGAAGCAUUUGCUUGACUAUUCAAAUGACCCUAUCGUUGCACAUAGCUUGUGCACCUUGUUAAGAUGGGGCGCACUGGAUGCUGAAGCUUAUUCUGAGGCUUCAAAGAAAGUUUUAGAAAUCUUGUGGGGUGUUGCAACAUCUAAGAAACCUACUUCUGAACAUUCAUGGGUAAAAGCGCGAGCAGCUGCUUUCAAUUCCUUGUCCCAUUAUAAGGUUAUGCUUCUUCAAGAUGCCAUUCCUGAUUUCAAGAUUAGAAAUUUUGAGUGCCUAACUAAUGAAGAUCAUCCAGAAAUACUCGAAGCCAUGGAGGGCCUUGAAGUUGAGAUUGUCAAAUCUGAGCACAUAAAUCGGCGUAGAGUGCUUAAAGAAAAGAGGAUCACGGUGCACAAGGUUGAAAAGUUGUUGGAUGUUUUUCCUCAGGCUGUGUUUCCUCCAGGGAAAUCAAAAUAUGGAGAAUUACCUGGUGCAGCUCUUCUGUCACUCAAUUUCACCCCUAGAGACUUAAUUAGUCAGGGAACGUUAAAGGAUUUGCCAAGGGUGCAUGCUGCAUAUGAAAAAGUGCUAGUAGAGAUAGCUGAAUCACUGCAUACAUCGAGAAAUAUAUUGGUUGCACUUUUUGCGUUGCAAUCAUGGAACCCUUUUGUUCGUUGUUGGAUGAGAGCAGUGGCUACACUUGUUGAUGCUAAAGGUUCCUCUGAUGUGUCAGAUAAAAGCACUAAGGUGGCCCAAGAUAUUUUUAAGAUAAUUUGUAGAAUUGCAGCAGAAUCUAUUCCUCGGGUUGCAGUAAACAUUGCCUUUGUGAUUGGUGCACUUUGCAUGGCUGUUCCUCCGACGGCUCAUUUAGUAGUUUCUGCUGCAUCAGACUUUCUUCUUAAAUGGUUAUUUGAGUAUGAGCAUGAACAUCGACAGUGGUCAGCUGCUAUCUCUUUGGGAUUGAUAUCAAAUUGUUUUCAUCCUACCGAUAAAAAGCAAAAGUUCAAUGUCAUAAAUGGACUUCUUAAGGUAAUCUGUAGCAGUGAAAGUCAUCUUGUGAGAGGAGCCUGUGGAGUGGGACUGGGUUAUGCUUGUCAAGAUCUUCUCACUAGGGUUGAAAGUGCUUCUGAUUCAAGUCCAGAAGGAACUAUGAGAUUUGAUGAAGCUGCAUUACUUGACAAUAUUGUUGGUACUUUGUCUGUUCUAAUAUGCCAACUUUGUCCUUCUGUAUCUGGUCCUUUCAGAGACCUUGGUGAGAGCUUUCCACUGGAUAAGUAUGGAAUUAACACUUCAGAAGGAUCACUUGAGGACAAUGAUAACUUGGACUUGGAAGAAGAUGCUUGGGGUGUUGCAGGGCUUGUCUAUGGUUUGGCCCAUUCCGUUUCUGCCCUAUACAAGGUUGGGGCUUAUGAUGCUGUGAUAAAAAUAAAAAGAAUGUUAACAUCAUGGCUGCCAUAUGUGGACAUGCCUGAUCAAAUCUCUAUUUGGUUCGAUGAAACUACGAAAAUACCCCUCUAUAUUGGUUCGUGUUUGGCUCUUCCCUACGUUGUGGCUUUCUGCCAGAGAGUGGAACUGAUCGAUGAUGAUGAUUUGAAUGUUCUUUUCAAUCGUUAUACGUUUCUGGUAUCUGAACUUUUGAAAUUUAAGAAAUCUGGAACUGCAUAUCAGAAUCUUUUGUUGGCAUCCUGUGUUGGUGUGGGUUCACUCCUUUCUUGUAUUUUGAAUGAUGGGGUCCACUCUUUGAGACUUGAUGAUGUCAAAUGCCUUCUGGAUACCUUUAGGUGUAUUUACAGCAACCCUUACCCUCCGUUAGUCCACUUGGCUGGGAUGUUUGGAGUCGUCAAUGCUUUUGGUGCAGGCGCUGGUGAUCUUACUAACACAUGUUCUCAGCCCAUUAAUUUGCAGACACACUAUGAGCAGGAAGCAUCUUUUAUUAGGGGGCCUAUACUAGCAUGCCCUGCUUGUGAGACACUUUCCACAUCAUUGGUUCAGGAAAUAUUUCUUGUCUCCAAGGACUCUAAGGAUCAAGCUAUGCAAAAUUUUGCAGCAUGGGCUAUUUCCUUUUUGAGAAAUCGAUUGUGGCCGAUGGAAUCUGAUGGUGUGAAUGGUUCGCAAAGCAGCUCCAUUUCUCAAAGUUUUCCUGAGGAUGCCUUAGUUUUAAAGCUAAGCUUAUGGUUAAGGGAUAUAAACUCUGAUAAGACAGGAAAUAGGAUUCAUGCAACCACAGUUGCAACUGUUUUAAGAUGCCUUUCAAAGGCUCCCAGACUACCUCCUUUAGAUUGGGGAGCGAUCAUUCGGCGUUGUAUGAGAUAUGAAGCUUACUUUCCAAAUCUUUCGGUAGAACAUAUUCCUAUGUUGCUUCGAGAAGAAAGCCUAUAUUUUUCCUUAUCUCAUGCGAGCCAAAUAAGCCCCCUUUUACAUUUCUUGGAUGAUUUAACUGACCUUUCAAGGUUGAGGACACUAGAGCCUCGCUUGCAAUCUGUAGUACUUGAAAAUCUCUCUGACCUGUUGAAACUAUUCUCUGGUUCAAGAUUGGAGAAACUAUAUGAGGAUUUGUUCGAGUAUUUCUCUUCUUCAACCUCAUCAUACUUGGUUUAUGAACCGGAACAGAGAAGCACAUUGAGAAUGUCCAUUUGGAAAGGUCUUCGCAAGUGUCUAACAGAGGACUUCAAGGGGUCUGAUGGUUUUGGCAAUAUGGAGAGGUGCAUGGAAUGCUUGUUAUCUUUGUUGCCAAUUUCGAUGAGUGAUAGUAGGCAGGAUGGAGUUGAAGAAGAGUGGUCAUGUGCUAUUAAUUGCUUGGGUGCGGCUCCCCACAACUGGCUUGUGGACAAGCUGCAGGUUCCCACUUCUCACGUAGGCGGCGAUUCUGAUGAAAUAGGAAAGAGAAUUGUUGUCAAAGCUAGGCUAACGAGGAUUGGUUGCAUUUCGCCUUCUGAGCUGGGAAAACUAAAAGCCUAUAUAUUUAAUGCAAGAAGUAAAGGAAUCUGGUGGAGUGUCCUUGUUGAAGUUGCUGCAGCAGUGUCGACUGCAGAGGGCAGUAUUAAAAGGCAGUGGCUUCUUGAUGCCCUCGAGAUCAGCUGUGUAGCAGACUAUCCUUCGACGGCAUUGCGAUUUAUCGGCCUACUAUCAAGUGCCUGCUGUAUGUACAUGCCGCUUCUGACGGUCGAUCCGAUGGCUGUCUUAAGCGACUUGCCUGUCACCCUCCCGUCCCUUCUCUCAGACGGAAGCUGGGCCGCCAUAAUCACUUCUCUGGUUGACAAGCUAUGGGCAUCCACCAUUCGCAUCUGUUCUUGGGCCAAACAGUUAGCCCACAAGGAUGGCUUUCCGGGCCUCGAGUCUGAUGACCAGCACAUACAUAAAGAUGAAGCUGAAAUAUCUGUUUUCUUAGCACGUGUGAUGCACAGGACAUGCAUUUCCUUGAAGGAUUACUUACCAUUUGAGAAGCAGCUACGACUCGCAAAUCUUGAGGUACACUGAACUAAAAGCUUUUAUUAUCUUCUAUUUUGUGCUUCAUGAUAGCAAAAAUCCUUAAUCAAGUGCUUUUGUUUGUGUUGUACAAUAUUUAGGUCGAGGAAAAUAUGUUUAUUUUCAUGUUCUUUUGCCUGUGUUAUAGGAUUUUGCUUUUGUAAAUAUCAAUGUAGCUUUGUUACAAGUGCAAACUCAACUGCUAUUUUACAUUAACUGUUUCAUGAUACAUAAAUUUUCUGAA